AUAUAUUUCCAUUUUAUUUUCUUUUUCUUUUUUAAUUUCUCACAGAGGGAUGUUCUUGAUCCCCUUUAAAAUGCUUUUUAUGGAUCAGUAAGAUUUUAGUUUAUUUCUCUUAAGAAAAACAUGCCAAAGAAAGCGGUGGACAAAUCUAUAAUCUUUGUUUCACCUACCUUACCUGUCUGAACUUGUGAUCUUCUCUUCUCAAACCCACAUUUUAUUUCUCUAUUCUUUUUUUUCAUGUUCUUUGAUCUAAUUUCAUACUCCUGCUUCAUUCUCUUUCUUUGCUCUCAUUAAUGUUUCAAGAUUUCUUUUCUUUCUUCCCAUUUGGGUAUAUAAAUAUAUCAUUACUCUCUCAUUCUAUCAAUCAAAUUUCUUACAAUUUCUUGAUUUUUCUGGGUCCUCUCUAAACACUUGCAUUGUUAACUUUCUUUGGAUAGUUUAAAGUUAAUUCUCUGCUCUUGAACACCGUACAAUUCAUUAUUACAGUAUUACUGCUGGCAGCUACAGACACUAUAUAACACUUACCUUGCACCUCUUUCUCUCUCAAUUUCUUGCUUACUCAUCAAAUCAAUUUCUACACCUUCAUUUCACAUCUGGGUUCUCUUCAAAACUCGUACUUCUCUUCUGGGAUUUUCUUAUUUUACGUAUGGGAUUUAUAUGAUUUAUUAAUUAGCAUUAUAUUGGUGAUGUCUCGUUUUAAAUCACAGCCUCCUAGUUGUUGCUCAGAACCAUCUUCUUCUUCUUCUGUAGCAUCAACUGAACUAAAGCUAUACCAAGCUUUCAUCUUUUCUGUUCCAAUCUUCUUCACUUUCGUUCUCCUCUUCUUGUUUUACUUGUUUUAUCUUCGCCGCAGAAGAGUUGAUUGGGCCUCACUUCGAAUGAGAGCUAAUUUGCAAGGCAGCGAUAAUAUCUUUAGACAGGCUGAAUUGGGCUUGAAGAAAGAGGUGAGAGAGAUGUUGCCCAUUAUUGUUUACAAGGAGAGCUUCUCUGUUAAAGAUACACAAUGCCCAGUAUGCUUGGGGGACUACCAAGCAGAGGAUAGGCUUCAGCAAAUACCUGCAUGUGGUCACACAUUUCACAUGGUGUGCAUUGAUCAUUGGCUUGCCAAUCAUACUACUUGCCCUCUCUGCCGCCUUUCCCUCGUUGCACCUGCUAAAGUUCCAACUGAAUCACCUAAUAAUCAAGUAGAAGCUGGUCAGGAAUCUUUUGUGGCAGUGAGUGGUGGUGAAACAUCUGCUCAAUCAGGUUCAGGGCCAGGUUCUUGUGGAGAAUCAAAUUCUAGAGGACUCUCCGAACCAAGGAAUGAAGACUCUGGAACUGCUCAUAGCUCUGCUGAGGAAGAGGAAAGAAGAUCCCAAUCUGCUGAUCAGGGGAAAGAAGUUAGAGAUGAAAAGAAGGAAUCUGAAGAGCGUGAAAACAUCAGAGAAGUAUCUCGGAGCUGAAGCUCAAGGAUGAAGUGAGAGAAUGGAGCUGACUAUGCCUUAAUGGACCUAUUUACUGCCUCACCUAAUGCUGUCAGAAUGAAAAGAUUGCGGAAAACCUUCUGAAAAGAUGUUGACAUUGCAGAUGCAAAAUCCAUUUCUUUUCAUUAAGAAGGGAGCUUUCCAAAGGAAUAGCUCCUUGAUGACUAUGUCAGGAAAUGCGGUUGCCAUUGAAAGCAUAAUUGGUGGAUGUAGUGAGAUAGGUGCAGGGCAUUGCAGGUUAGCUGCCAUUCUAUUUGCACAUCAGGUUUUCUUUUCUGUAUUUAUAGUUUAGCUGUGACUACUGCCUUGUGUGUAUGAUGUAGGUCAGGAGUGAAAUUCAAUAGUUAGUGAGGGAAGUGUACAAUUUUCUUUAAAAGAUUUUGUUGACAAUUUUUGUUGCACGAUAUUUUCAAACUUCUUUAAUCUGGCAUGUCUUCAGCACAUAUCAAUAUUAUAACAAGGAUAGAUAUUAAACUA